AUGGCUUCGAUGGCCGGCAGUGUGCGGACGUGGGUGUCGCGGCUCCGGCGACCAGCAGAGGGUGGGGCGCUGGGGUUGGGGAGGCCGGCAACAGGAGGGUUCAUUAGGGUAGGGGAGGGCAGCGGGAGGCGCGUUGGGCCGGGGGGUGGCUGUGGUGGGCGGCGUGCUGUGGCCCAGGGGCCAGCGGGUUCUGGAAGUCAGUCCCUUCGCCGGAACUCAAAGCGUGCUGCUAAUCGCCAGCCACGCCCAAAACGUAGUGUUGAGCAGGGAGAGGAAGUUGAGGCCAGCGGUGAAGGAGUUGAGGUGGCUGCCCGGGAAGAUGUGGAGCAACCAUCACAAGCUAGCAGGUUAAGGGCAUCACCAGGGCGGUUUGCGAAGUUCAACAGCUUGCUAUCCCCGCCACAAAAGUCUGAGCUAGUUUCAAGGUUGUUUGGGGGCCUCUUGAACUUAUUAGAUACACUUCCAGGGGACUUUAGUAAAUUCCUGGUGCAGUCCUACCAGCCAGAGACCUCUGAAAUGGUGUUCCCAGGCAAGGGAAGUGUCCAUGUCGAUGUUGAUAGUGUUCAAAGGGUAUUUGAUCUUCCUAACAGGGGUCAAAAAGCCAGAUAUAAAGUUGACAAGGAUACAACUAGGAGAUUCAGAGAGACUUUCAACAUACGUGGAGAUUCUCAUCCCCAGAUCAAUACAUGGACCAAGAUGAUUAAGGAUAUGGGGAUCCUGUACCUUGACGCGCUCGUUCAUGACAUCCCUGUAAGCAACUAUCCAAUACGAGCGACUGCAUGGGACAGUAACCUAAUUGCCAAGGUGAUCAAGAAGGACACGAUCUCUGCUGGUGUGUUCGGCAAAUUACAAAAAAAGGCAAAUAUUGCCAAAGUGGUCAAUGACUUGUGCAAGGUAGUAACUGAACAGGUUGGCACCUUCAUUGAAGAAGUUGCCAAGAUCGAUGAUGAGGAACCAGAUGUUGAUCCAUAUGUACAGCAGACAUCAACGGGAACCGCUCCGUCAUGUCGUGCUUCAAAAAGGAAGGGACAGGUUUCACCUAUACAAGAAGAAGAAGAGUUUGAUGAGGAGGAGACAGAAGAAGAUGAUAAAAUUGGAGUGCCACAAGAUGUUGAAGACGACGGGGAGACAGAUGAGGAUGAAUCAAAGGAGGAGAACAAAGAGGAUGAUGACAAAGAAGAAGAUGAUGAUGAGGAGGAGGAGGAGGAAGAGGAGGGGGAGGACAAUGAAGAAGAUGAGGAGGAGGAGGAGGAGGAGGAGGAGGAGGAGGAGGACAAAGAAAAAGAGGACAAAGGAGAGGAGGAGGGCAAGGAAGAAUAUAGUGAGGCAGAGGAGGAGGAACAAAAAAAUGAGGCCAAAGAAGGAGAUGGAGACAAAGCUGCAACAAUCGAUGGGAGUGAAGGGGAAGGAGAUGAUGAUGAAGAAGACGAGGAUGUCGAUCCUGAUGAUCAAGAGGAAUCCAAUGGAGGCAGUGACAGUUCCGAUGAUGAUGAUGACAAUGCCCCUGGUUCUGGUGGUAUAGGCGGCAACACAACCAGGGUGAGUAGCAGAUCUGCCAACCCUGCCAACAGCAACAACUCGAUGAGCAGCAGGAGCACACUAAAGAUGUUGAUUGACAAAACUUGCUGGAAAUACAAGAAUCUGCCAAAGUCAAAGAAAAAUGAUGAAGCAGAGUCUCAGGGAAGCAUUGACAUGUUCAAGUUGUGCAACAUGAAGCCAGCUUUGCCAACCACUUUCCCUGUGCCAGAUUUCCAUGAUCGAGAGUUGUGUGACAAGAUUGAUUUUGCUGUUGACCAGAAUUUGUUCUUCUUGGGUGAGGCUGAAAAGAAUCCAGUUGACAUGGAGGAAGCAGGGAAGGAUCUUGAUUGGGUUCAUUCGAAGGAGAAAUACAAGGAAUAUUUGAAGCAGCUUCCAGAUAUCAUCUCUAGCAAGAGCAAGGCAGCCCCAGUGGCAAACCCUCAUGUGGUCCAGAAGAGCAAAGGAGUUACAACGAAGAAGAAUCUGAAGUUGCCUCAAACCAAGCAACAGAUGCCGAGGGCAGAUGCAGAAAUAAAUGUGGACAAGGAAGCUGUGGUCCAAACUGUUAUGCCAACUGUAGUGAUCAGAGAGCCAACCACCACUCAAGAUGUGUCAGCAAUACCUGUUGAGCCUACAACCAUCACAGGAGUUCAACAGAACAAGAGGAAGAUUCCUCUGUCAAUAGUCCCACCUAAACCAGCUAAGCAGCAAAAUAUUGUCAAGUUUGCCAAGGGCACAAAGGAGGAACAGGGCAGAAAAUGUGUGGGGUCCAAACACAAGACAGAAAAAUGUGCCACAACCAACAAUGCAGGACUGCCAAGUUCUGCUAGUUUGGUGCCAACUCAGGCUGAAAGGUGCCAACUGCAGAUACCAGUGUACCAACUGAAGUGGUCACAGUCAAAACUAGCAAGUUGCUCAAGAAUACUCAACUGCAACCGCAAGCCCCAAGCAGCACAAAUAGGGGAAGCAAACGUGGUUGUCAUAGUUGAGGAUGAGUUGGAACCAACAACAGCGAAUGAAGGAUGCAUUGCUGCUGAUGCUGGCAAGGGAUUAGGUCACCAGCCAGAUAUUGGAUCACCAGACAGCUGCCACACCCCGAUAUGCGGAGAACCAGCAGUUGGCACAAGCAAUUCUUCAGGACCACCUGUUGCACAAAGACAGAGGACGAUAAUAAGGCCCGGAGCAUCUCAAAGGUCUCCAUUCAUUGAUUACAACAAAAAGAAGACCUUCAACUGCAAUGAGGCAGUCAACAAGAUUUACGCUGCCAUUGUGUAUUGGGAGUUAGUUGAUUCGAUGAAGGCAAAGCAGUGGCUUUCAAAAAUUGUUAUUGAGACUAGAAUCAUACACAUCAUGGAUAACUUACCAGAAGGGUCAAAGAAAGUUAUCAUGCCACUGAAGUUUUCUAUCAAUUUACAACAGGGGAUCUACAAUGUGAAUGAGAUAAACAAGAAGUUUGAAUACAAGAACCAUCUCGACAAGAAAGAUUUGGUCAUGCUGCCAGUGCUUCAGUGCGAUAAUGUAAACAACCGCGAAGGAGGCAUGCAUUAUUGGGUCUUCAACAUCAACCUGAGGGACAGACAUUUCGAAGUCCUUGAUUCAAACAGGAAGCUAGAAGACAUUGAGUUGAUGAACACCUCCUCUACGAUUGCGGGGCAGUACGCCAGCUAUGGAGGAAGAAUUACCCAAAGCAGAGCAUCAAGCACUUCCAUAUUAUUGACAUCGACGUAUCGAAGUAGCUUGGCAAGCAGUUGCGCAGUUGAACAUCAGUAG